GUAAAUGAGUGUCAUUGGACUCCAAGCUGCUUAGAGCCAUGAGGGUGAUACUGCUAGCAGUGGUUUACAUCUCAUUCACCGUGGCUGUGGAACGGUAAGAAAACACGUCUAGCACCACUGAAUCCCCCUCAUUCGAUUCAAGUCUAUCAAGAAACAGCUGAGGGAAAAUGGAGAAUUAGAGGAAUUUUGGAGGAAUCACCACCCUGAUGUUUUUGCCCGGAGGUACCUACAUUGCUUCCCAGAAGAUAUUUCUUUAUCAGUAGGAACUGCUUCAGAAAGGCUGUAUGAUUACAUGAAUGCACAGUACUAUGGAGUUGUGAGUGUUGGCACGCCACCGCAGAGGUUCACUGUUGUGUUUGACACCGGCUCCUCCAAUUUUUGGGUCCCUUCUGCUUAUUGCAUCAGUGAAGCGUGCAGAGUGCACCAGAAGUUUAAGUCCUUUCAGUCAGAUUCAUAUGAACACGGAGGGGAAGCCUUCUCCCUGCAGUACGGCACGGGACAGCUUCUGGGCAUUGCUGGCAAAGAAACGCUGCAGAUAAGUAACAUCUCCAUCAAGGGACAGGACUUUGGUGAGUCGGUGUUUGAGCCAGGAAUGACUUUUGCCCUUGCCCACUUUGAUGGUGUUCUGGGCUUGGGCUACCCUUCUUUAGCAGUGGGGAAUGCUCUGCCCGUGUUUGACAGCAUCAUGAAUCAAGAGCUGGUAGAGGAGCCGGUCUUCUCUUUCUAUCUGAAAAGAGGAGAUGAUAUUGAGAAUGGUGGUGAGUUGAUCCUCGGGGGGAUAGACCAUUCCCUCUACAAGGGUUCAAUUCACUGGGUCCCAGUCACUGAGAAAAGCUACUGGCAAAUACACCUGAACAAUAUAAAGAUCCAGGGCCGGGUGGAAUUUUGUUCCCAUGGCUGUGAAGCCAUCGUUGACUCAGGCACUUCUCUUAUCACUGGCCCUUCUUCACAAAUCAGGCGAUUACAGGAGCAUAUUGGGGCAAGUCCAUCGCAUACUGGAGAGUUUCUCAUAGACUGCAGAAGACUGUCCAGCCUGCCUCACAUAAGCUUCACAAUUGGACACCAUGAGUACAAACUAACAGCAGAGCAAUACAUCAUAAAGGAGUCUAUUGAAGACCAAACCUUUUGCAUGAGUGGCUUUCAAUCCCUCGACAUCACCACUCGUAACGGCCCACUCUGGAUUUUAGGAGAUGUCUUCAUGUCUGUGUUUUACUGCAUUUUUGACCGUGGGAAUGACAGAGUGGGAUUUGCAAAAGCUGUUCAUAAGAAGGAUUACAACUGAGUUGUAAUAACAUUUAUUCUGCCUAACAAAAUGUUAAUGUAAUGAUCUUCAAUGCACAUGUCAAGAAGGGCUUUAAAUGAAACUCUGGACCUAAAUGCAGUUCUGUUCUCCGGUCCCAGGAUUUAAGGGCUUUGAAGUGGUCCUUGUCCCAGUUAUAUAGUUUGGUUCAAUCUCUAUAUGUUUACAACUGAGAAACAAUUUUUCCUGAGUAACUGAUUGACAGCUCAGGUCUUAGGAUGAAGUGAAAACAGCUCAGUGCUCAGAUUUGCAAAAGAGCAGAAAGGAUAAAAGUGCCAAACAGUGCCAGGCUGACAAGGUAACAGUUAGGAGUAGGGGGAAAAAGAAUCCCAAUCUGGCCUGGGUACCCAUUUUAAUUCUUGUAUGCUAGUUUCCACCCCAUUUCCUACUGCUUUCCUAUUCCUCACUAUUUUCCACCUUGUUUCCUCGGUGCCAUGUAAAUUCUCUUCAUAUGAACUUGCUUCAGCCAGUGGCUGAUAAUUUCUACUACUGUUUCUUGCACACAAUUUCCUGCUCCUUACACCCUUUCUCAAACCUGCUUUUUUCCUUGGGUUCAUUCUCACUUGACGCUUUUUUCCUCUUUUGGGUCUUGAUGUUUAUUGUCUGUGUCUUAGAUCAGGUGCUGCUUUCAGUGUCUGACAUCUCUGCCCCUUGGCAGUGGGGGCAGCUAGAAGCAGCAUCUAUUUGCAUUAUAAUGCCCAAAGGGAUUGUAAAGGGAGCUGUGAAGGGAUACCACAGCAUCCCUCCACCUCCGAUGAGUUACAAGACUGACACACCAGCACUAAACAUCUACUGCCCCUUGGCUCAGCCACUUCUUGUCAGCAGUGGCAGCAGCUUCAGCACUGGCAGAGGUGUGAAACAGCUGUGCUGAUUUGGCAAAAGAAGAUUCACCCAAAUUAUACCCAUUGGAGUAUUUGUUUGGAUUGUUAGAGCUGACAUUGCCCCUGUAAAUGUGAAUAAAACUUA